GCAGCAUUCACCAGGAGCGGUGCAAUGGAGGCCCUCUUCUUCAAUGUAAACAACGGGUUCCUCGAGGGGAUUGUCAGGGGUUACAAGGCGUACAGCAACCUCACGCAAUGCGAGACCAUUGAGGGUGCACUUAGGACACAGCUUUCUGCUACGGACUAUGGCAACUUCCUCGCGAACGAGCCGCUGCCCAUCUCGACGUCAACCAUUGCCGACAAGGCAACGCAAGUGCUCGUCGACCAGUUCAACUUCCUGCGCAGCAAUGCUGUCGCUCCUCUGUCCAAGUUCUUCGAUUACAUCACGUAUGCGUACAUGAUUGACAACGUCAUCUUGCUCAUUACCGGCACGCUACACGAGCGCAAUACCCAAGAGCUGCUGGAACGUUGCCAUCCAUUAGGCGUGUUUGAGACACUCCCUGCCCUCUGUGUCGCCACGAACGUGGAGGAACUCUACCGCACUGCCCUCAUUGAGACUCCUCUCGCACCCUACUUCCGGGAGUGCUUCAGUGCCGCGGACCUCGACGACCUCAACAUUGAGAUUAUCCGUAACACGCUCUACAAGGCCUACCUCGAAGACUUCCACGCCUUCUGCGACACCAUUGGCGGACCGACGGCGGAGGUAAUGCAGCGUAUCCUCGCCUUCGAGGCGGACCGCCGCAGCAUUAACAUCACUAUCAACUCCUUUGGCACCGAGCUCUCGAAGGAGCGUCGCGCGAAGCUCUUCCCGUCCAUCGGCCGCCUCUUUCCCGCAGGCAAUAACGCGCUCGCGCGCGCAGAAGACUUCGAGCAGGUCCGGCAGGGGUGCGAGGGCGUCAUGGAGUACCGCGCGUUCUUCGAGAGCGCCCCGGGGUCGCGCGGGCGGGCACAAAACGGGAACGACAGCCAGGCGUACCUCUUGGGCGACAGCGCGGACGGGCUGGGCGACUCGAGCGGCGCCGCAGAGCUGGAGGACCGCUUCUUCGCGCACGAGGUGCACCUGAACAAGCUCGCGUUCCUACAGCAGUUCCAGUACGGUGUGUUCUACGCAUACUGAAGCUGAAGGAGCAGGAGAUCCGGAGUUUGACGUGGAUUGCGGAGUGUAUCGCGCAGGAUGCGAGGGACAGGAUACAGGACUACAUCGCUACGUUUUAGCUAGUUGUAAGUAGUUGCAGUAUCAUGAUUCAAUGACUUUUGGGUUCAGACUAUACAGUAUUGCAUGAAGACUCUCGGUACAACUGUCAUCAUGAUCGAGCAUGCACAAAAACAUGCUGCCUGCAGAUGACUCCGAUACGGGGAAUCGAACCCCGAGCUACCGCGAUCUGAAGAGGAUACGAGGACAUGCAUAUGAAAGGCGGUAAUGUUAGCCGUUACACCAUAUCGGACAAUUCAGGCGUUCCGCUGGCUCUGAGAGGUGUGGCGAGGUUAUGGUCUGCUGAUGUCAGUUCGGGAGUGGGCAGAGUUGACGUGCAGGCGAUGACAUGCGCGCCGGUGUAGAU